UCCACCAUUAAACUUAAAAUGGUAUACCAAAAGAACAGAUAUCAAUUAUAUAAGAUCACAAAUACUAAAAUAAUUUACAAUAGUACUAAUUGAUGAAGAAAUGAAAACUGUGGAAAUGAUUAAAAAUAUAUCAACAUCAAUUUCUCAACAAAAUGAUAAUUAUUUCUAUGAUGAAGUUGCAUGUAAAUUAUUAAAUAAUAUACUAGAAGAUUUCAAAACUUGUGCAAAACUUAGUGUAUUGCACAACUUUUAUAAAUGUAUAAGGAAAUACGAGUGUGAUGUCUACACUAAACAUGGAGAUUACAUCUUUAAUUCAAUCAUACUAAACGAAUUUAAAAAUCUAUUAUCCAAGAUAAACAAAGACGAGUAUGAAGAUUUUUCAAUCUACAAAUUGCAUUAUGUGGACUUAUGUGAUACAGUGAUGGUGGACGUUGGCAAGACCUUCAUAAAAUUGUAUAUGGACCAAGAGAUCUUCACUUACCGGGAGUUUGGUUUUGAAGACAUACUAGUGAUUGGAUCGAUUCUAAGAAAACAAUUCCAAACUAAUUAA